AGUGCACAUAAUACAGUUUACAUGUUUUGUUAAAUUAAAAAAGAAACAGUGAUAUAAAUCAAAGUACAAUAGCUUUAUCUGCAAUACAUUUAACCAGUGAAAAUGGAGUACCUCAAGAAACCUGAAUUAGUGGCUAAAGUUCAAAAAUAUUUCGGUGUAAAUACAAAACAUAUCCAAAAAGAUAAAGAGUAUACUAUAGAAAAUAAGUUUUGGUAUUAUUUGUUUGUUUUUGGUACAGCUCUAGGUGACGAAACCUUCUAUUCUGCCUUUAUACCGUUUUGGUUUUGGAACAUUGAUGGGGCAGUUGGAAGAAGGGUUGUCUUAGUUUGGACAAUUGUCAUGUACAUAGGUCAAGGUAUCAAAGAUAUAAUUCAGUGGCCCAGACCAGGCCCUCCAGUAGUUAGGCUUCAAAAUAAGUGGGCUUUGGAGUAUGGCAUGCCAUCUACACAUGCCAUGGUUGGAGUGUCCAUACCAUUUUCUGUUUUGUUAUAUACAAUGGGGAGAUACCAGUACGAUGUUCCUUUGGGGUUGUGCAUUGCCGUUCUCUGGUGUACUCUGAUAAGCAUCAGCAGACUCUAUUUAGGAAUGCACACAGUUUUGGAUGUCAUAGUUGGCUUAGCAUUAGCUGUAGUAAUAAUGUUUCCAAUUGUUCCUUUGGUAGACUCAUUGGAUAAUUAUUUACUUACAAGUCCUACAUCUCCAAUAUUAUUACUAGUUUCAUCAAUUUUGUUGAUAUUCUACUACCCAAACAGUGGUAAAUGGACUCCAACUAGGGGAGACACUACAAUGAUCCUUUCCGUCUGCGUUGGAAUCCAAAUAGGUUCCUGGCUGAACUUCCACUCCGGUCUGAUGACCCCAUCGGAGCUCACACCACCCUACAUCAUCAUGUGGCCCUCCUACACCAUGUUCGGAUGUCUCCUCCUUCGCACCUUUAUCGGAUUCGCCGGCGUUCUACUCACGAAGAAGAUCUUCACUAGCGUCACAUACAACUUCUUAUGUGCUAUACUCAAACAGGACGUCGACAACCUGAAGAAGUCUGAAAAUACCCUGCAAAACAAGCAUAAGACGUUCGUGGAGCUGAGUUGCAAGUAUGUCUUUUGUGCCAUGAUCGGUUUCAAUGCCGUCUAUGUGCUACCUCAGCUAUUUAGGUUUUUGCGAAUUGAAAGGCCUACGUUCUUCACAGAGAUUUGAUAAUUACUUUUUUGGGUUAACUGUAUAAGGUACCUAUUCAUCUAUCUAGUCACAAUACAUCUCAAUUUAUGAUCAGGGUUGUCAAUAAAUAUUUGGAGGGACGAAACGGAAUUUUCAUAUGUUGUAAAUAAAAAGAAUGAAUCCAGUUAUUGAUAUAGUUAUUAAAAAAUGUCUUUAGGCCAGUUAUAUUC